UGAAAUCUCUCYGUGCGAAGUAAUCACUGUCCCAGAUCAGGUCGGAUUUGAAUUUAACGAGGAAUUGCCGAGCUAACCCAAAAAUGAACACAAAAAUGACCUCGAUUGGACCAAUAGCAAUUUCGGGUGCCGGGCGGAUCUUUCGGCGGGCGAGAAAUCAUCCUUUUCGGCAUUGCACGGCGUUGGAUGGAAAGGAAUCAUACUCUCAAUCAUCCUUUCACAAUGUGUAUGUUUUUCAGAAAGCCUCUCUCUGUAUUGUAGCAGCACAAAAUCACGAYUUUGAGUUGGUCCGAACAUCAGUGGAUCGCCGAACUAAUUCCACGUAUUCGUUUCAGAAAAGAAGUCAAUCCACUCACAAGGCAUUGGCAACCGAUGGCGACGACAUUCACCGGUACCGGUACAAGCUCUAUCAAUAUAAAAUAUGCCCGUUUUCAAACAUUGCCAAAGUAUUUUUGACUUACCAGCGGAUUCCGUUCGAAUCCGUUGAGGUCAACCCCCUUACGAAGGCAGAACUCGAGUUCUCCGAAAACUACCGCAAGGUUCCAAUCGUCACCGUCUUGGACACCGACCCAUACACUCCUGCUGCCGAAGCGGUUCAACAACUGAACGGAACAGAAGAAAUACUUUUGCAUCAUCACCCUAACGCUAACUCUGACAACGGAGACGAUCAAACCUCGGRUGAUUCCUCAACGCGAUGGCAAAACUUCGCUAGAACCAAGCUGGCACCCUUGCUUUACCCAAACAUUUGCAGCUCUCUGGGAGAUUCGUUCCGAGCCUUUAGAUAUGUUCACUCAAAUCCAAAUUCUUUUUCGACUGUUCAGCGCUUCAGCAUYCAGUGUAUCGGUAGCGUAGCAAUGUAUUUUGCGGCAUCCAAGAUAAAGGAAAAAUAUAAGAUCGACGACGUGAAGGUUGCUCUCGACGACGCUCUGGAGGAACUUGAGUCGGAGCUGACGAACGAAGGAAAGAAGUUUUUGCGGUCGCCUCCGACGGGGCCCGAUCUCGGAGACCUUGCAGUCUUUGGUGUGUUAAAGGGAUUAGAAGGCUUGCCACUCUGGAACACAAUUUUUGAUAACGACGAUUUGCAGCCUAGAUUUCCGAAUUUGMGAAAAUGGUAUGCAAACGUCGACGAGGUGGUAGAAAGUAGAAAGUCACAAACUCCCAGGUAUGGUUAUAAUGAUUGACAAUUAGGAAGGUGAUGUUGAUUUAUCGUGGCCGUUACAGUAAGCCUCUAUACUAGCAUUGGUACGGAUUCUUUACUAUGUUCGAGUAGCAAACGAGUUCUUUCGCUUUCCAUUGWGAGGAUCAAGCUGAACUAUGAGGACGUGUAGGGUUGAUCGUUGCAACCUUAGGAAUGCUCGGUACUGCACUGACAAAGUGRAAACUUUGACACAUAGUAUGUCUAUCACGCAAGUUGUUGAAGCGAAGGGCGGUAGUUACAUCAUUUGUAUCGAUACAUCUAUACGGYCGUCGUCGAAGAAUCGAUGUUUCUAGUCAUUUUACAAAGCCGAAACAGUAACAAAAAAUAAUCUCGACUAAGAGGUUACUUGGAGUUCAUCAAAAAGAGAGGACUGGUCAGCCAUCACAAUCACUUUGAUUUUGCCGUUUAUGAGGCAACACAAAUCAGAAUCCAAGAAGAACACGAAGAAGAAUGAAGGAAAUUCAAAUACAGUAAUUUAUUAAUUGUUACCAUUACGUACAGCUAUCUACUAUUAUGUGGGUGUCGAGGAUGCAUAUGGGGCAAUGUGGCGGGGCUGAGCGGGUGUGAUGAAAACUUUCCAGCGCCUUUUUCUCUCAAAAGAUUGACUGAUUCGCGCAGAAGGUAUUUUUUGCGCGAAAUCAGUCAUGUUCGUUGAUGAUUGAUUUGAUUCUAAAGAUUCUUUCAUCAUAUGGGGGUAACGUACCGGUAAGGAUGGUACAAACGAAAAUAUGAGUACUCGUACCUUCUCAAAUCAAUCCUUCGUAGUAAAAAAAUGCACCAUGAAAAGAAUGGAACAAAUCAUCUUUCAUCAUCGUCAAAUAGAAGCAAGCUUUUAUUUGACUACCACAGCUUUAUCGCGCUGAAAUCAAAGGCAAUGGUCCCCAGCCAUUUGACUUUACGUUCUUGUCGAAUAAUCUCAAGAUCUGUAAACUCUUGUCUGCAGCAAGGACAGGGUGUUUCUGGUUGCAUUUUGAUCAACCAAUCGACAACACAUUCGCGAUGAAAGGCAUGGAUACACGAUGGGUUAGAUGACCAUGUAACGAUGUCUCCAACCUCGUAUUCUGAGAGGCAAACGGCGCAACAAUUGGGAACGAGGCGCCCGGUCCCAUCCCUUAGUCUUAAAUGCCCUGUUUCUUCGUUAUCAAGAGAGGUGCCAGUGGCGUGACCUCUCUCGAUGUCAUUGCAGCCAUUUAGUUCCCCUGUCGCGCUUGAAUUGUCCGUUGUACCCCCAUCGUUUAAAUCUGUUGCAAUCAAGUCUUCUUCCUUCACCGUCUGUAAAAAAGAAAUAAAUGAAAAAUUAGAAAUCGCAGUACGUGCAUCGCGCAGCACGUCAACGAUGAAAGACAAGAAGAGAGGAUAUUCCAUUCUACGAUAGAAAUAGCCAGUAUGCGCCAAAACAUGCAAUGUCAAAGAUCAGAGAAACAAUAGCGCUCACCAUCUGGACUUUGUGAGUCGAAAAACUCUUCAACAAUUUUUGUCGUCGCUUUUCGGGACACUCGUUUCUCUCGGCUUCUUGUUGUCUUCGGAGGCGGGCUCUGUAGAUUUCGUCACUUCUCCUCAUCUGACCAACAUCGUUGUAGAAAUGUCUUUGCACAAACCAACACCAAAUACCAGAGAGCAAUAUCAAUAAUAGUAUCAGUGCAUUGACGCUCCAAAAAAUCCUUGGGUUGAAAUCGGGAUUAGAGACCUGCGGGGAAGACAGGGCUUCUAUUAGAUCUGGGUCUGCGUUGGUAGUGAAGUCGUUCUCGACGACAUCRUAUCCUAAYGAUUCUGAAGUCAUGGUACGAAAUCACCGAUUGAKUAAUAAACAGAACUGAACGAUCGACACCUGAAAAAGUCAACAAACUCGUUAAUGAGGAUGAUGAAAUACUACUGUUGUUGAGAUAARAUAGAAUGACCAAGUCGCUUUUGUUUUCAGUAAGAUCUAUCGCGAAGACUUUGGCAUUUGAUUYGCUCACAGCGCAUUGCAGGAUGGUUUUUGUUUUGCGAUGGCUGCUGCAUUGCGAUUUGUAUUUUCAAACAAGCUUGACUUGCGAGAAAGGGUUCUCGUCGUGAGAUAUUUCGGUAAUGUACUAACACCGUUUUUCCACCGUACCCGGUACCGUACGUUGAUACGGUUCCAACCGUCAGAAAAAUUUAGAGAUGACKAGAUGACACAUGCACGGGGUCUCGUAACAGCUAUCGAAUUUUUGAAAUUGCAAUCUUCCUUGAAGAACAAUCCUACCGUAUGGUUUUCGUACGUACCGUACAUCACGAUGCGAACCCUUUUCACGCCAUCUAAAACCUAGCGCGCCAACUCACCGGAUGGAAUAUUGUGGAAUAAAGAAGAAUAAGGAUACGCAUGAUUUCACUGCGCUAAAAAUAAAACGCUGGAGGCAAUACCAGAUGGUUUGUCCYAUCAAUGUCCCAUAAGUUCUCAGAAAUGGAAUCGGACGUUUUCUCGAAAUUCUAUUUCCAAGACAGAACAUAAAAUGCAAUUCUGUCUUCCAAUGACGUAACAACAGAUGGGAAGAAAGGUAGAACACACAGCUUCCCAUUCGAUAUGAUUCUGCCAUGGCCAAGGUGGUACUUCUUAUUUCCAUGGUCGCACAGUGCGUCGAAGAUGCUCUGCCCAUGCAGACCAUUCCAUUCCAACGAUCUGCGUGAUCGCUAAUUUCCGUAUGAAUACUGUACRRKAUGCGGAUGUUCUUUUUUAUUGACAUCGUUCGCUGGAUGAUUCAAUCGACACAACUUCCAAAAUCCAAACGGAAUUAUGGYGACACGACGSAGCUCAUUCGCAAAACGUGUGUGUCAUGGUCGUCGCCCUAUUUCUUUUCUUGCAUUSGAAUGAAUGGAGUUGCAAGUUUGGGGUUGUUCUUUGUUCUCUACUAGAUUCGAAUUUUAAACAUUUAAGCUACAUAUUKUCUAGAACAGAGUUGCUGUGAUUCUGUUCUGUUAGAGCGAUUCGAAURGUCUUGAUUUCGUCUUCUUUUCUAUCGKUUUACUUUCUACGGCAGAGCACAUAGAAUGUUCCAUUACCGCACGUCGAUCGACAAGAACAACCAAAAGUGACAUCAUAGGRAUUGGUGGUAUUCUCUGGCGGAUGUGCGCUUACUACCUUUUCAGAGAUCAUAUUSGUCAGCAAAAUAUUYCUCACACAUUCCGACCAUCAGCAACUUGCACGCCCUUCAAUCUSAAACCUGCGGAGCAUCGGGAAAAUACAUAUUCGCAAAUAUACCGAAGAAUACAAUCUGUAGGUAUCAGUGGCGAAUUCGAGAGAAGGAUAACAAACACAAACACAAACACAAACACACUGGCUAUGCUGCGUAUAGUGCGUAAAGCAUUUCAACCAUCUGCAGCGGGUUACCGAAGUAUUUACAUCGUGUCUUAAUGCUUACAGUUUGUUAUGAGUAUUCUACCUUUUUAGCGUAAUUCCGCACCAAUCUGCCAAACUUUCAUAACCUCAACUUCUAAUUACGAGAAUUGUUCGAACUCCCCCAAGAGUCCUUUGCACAUUUGAAGCGUCGGUAUAAUGAGUGGCAUUCUUAGAAGUAUUUUACAUUUCUGUCGUAAUUGAAUACUUUCAUCCUCUGCGCUACCUCCCGCACCAAUCUGCCAGACUUUCGUGACCUUCACUUCUACUUCUAAUAACGAGAAUUGUUCGAA